AUGGCUGCCUCAGCGCAAGCACAAGCAGGUGGACAUGAAUGUGAUUGUUGCUGCUGUUGUCAAUCAUCUUCAGGCGGGCAGCUCUUACUGGAGGUGCGCCGAUCACUAUGGUAUCAGCACGUCAUUACUGUGGGAAUACGAAGAACACAAGAGAUUGCACGAGAGACAGAGUAUUGGUCGGAGCACGAUGAGUACUUUAAAGGGUGUAUUGGAGCUGCCGAUAGAACGCUGUAUGUCAGCGCGGGAUUUGAAGGUGCUUGCCAUGACUCCUUCAUGAUCACCAAAGUUGGGUUCGUCGACCGCAUCCCUACUGGAACGUAUGUCCUGUUUGAUGCGGGCGGUCCGCUUGUGGAGCAUCGCAUCCUCGUUCCCUUCAAAGCAACACGCUACCAUGUCAGUGCCUUCACAGAUAAUCCACCACUCAAUGCAAAGGAGGCAUUUAACUGGAGACACUCCAGCAAACGCAUGAGAGUGGAGCAGGCAAUAGGCCACCUCAAGCAGCGUUUCCAGAUACUAGCACAGGAGAAGCUGACAUGCACGCCCGAACGGGCAGUCGACUUCGUGCUUGCAAGUGCUGCACUUCACAACUACAUCGGGGCACCAGACGACACUGAAUGGUGUUCAUAA